UACAGACUUCGCGUUUAUAAGCGAUUAAUUCAAAGCAAACCAUUGAAAGGCAAAGUCGUGGUCAUUACCGGCGCUUCUUCGGGACUCGGAACAGCUUUGGCUCAAGUCUUAUACAGAUCUGGCGCUCGACUUAUUCUCUCUUCGCGAAGAGUAGACCAAUUGAAUGAAGUGAAAGAGCGGCUCAUCUCAAGUAACCAAUCGAGUGAUGACUUGUUUGAGCCCAAAGUCUUAGCACUGGAUCUCUCGAAACUUGAAGACAUGGAAUCGUACGCCGAGGAUGCGCUCAGUUUUUACGGAAGCGUUGAUGUGAUUAUCAAUAACGGAGGCAUCAGUUAUAGGGGAAGUGUUAUCGACACUACCGUCGAUGUCGACCGUCAAGUAAUGCUCGUUAACUAUUUCGGACAAUUGGCUCUCAUUAAAGCAUUUCUUCCGUCAAUGAUUGCAAGAAAUAUGGGCCAAAUAGUGGUGAUUAGCAGCAUUCAGGGCCAGUUAGCCCUCCCUUAUAGGUCCGCAUAUACCGCCUCUAAACACGCUCUCCAAGCGUUUUGCGAUAGUCUUCGCGCAGAACUGUUUGCAACUGAUGUCUCCGUUUUGGUCAUAAGUCCCGGUUAUAUAAAAACCAAUCUCUCGGUGAAUGCCAUAACAGGUUCGGGCGAUACAUACGGUCAGAUGGAUAAGACCACAGCAUCGGGUGAUGAACCCGAAGAUGUGGCCAAACGUAUUUUCAUGGCUAUCAUGAGGAAAGACAAACAAUUACUUGUGUCUCCAUUACUCCCAAAGAUUGCCAUUUUGUUGAGAUUUAUAUUUCCAAACAUUUAUUUCUAUUUAAUGAAAAAUAGGGCCAAAAAAGAGACCAAAAAUUGAUUGAAUGCUAUGAAUACA